AAUUUAAAAAUGUUAAUUUUUUUUUAAAUAAACCCAGUGUUUGUCGUGUACUUGUACCUUUUAGGCCACCGUAGUUGUAUCUGAGGAUUCGUGUUAUGGCCGCCAUGGAGCGAGUUUACCAGGACACUUUUUAAUAAACUGCUCACUCUCGGAACAGAUAAUGUGAAAUGGCAGCCGUCUUCCUGGUGACCCUGUAUGAGUACUCCCCACUGUUUUACAUAAGUGUGGUUUCUCUGUGUUUCCUUGUUACAGCUGCCAUGGUGCUCGGCUGGUUUGGCUUUGAUGUGCCAGUGAUUCUUCGCAGCUCUGAUGAGACAGAGUCUGCCCUACCAACCCCUGAGAAGCAAAUGGUUCAGGUGAUCAAUCCCUUCGCCCUGGAGUUGGGCUCUAGAGCGGCAUCUGUCACAGAUGGCACAUCAGUGAGGCCUUGCUGCCUUGAGCCCUGUGUCCUGAGCUGUUUCUGGGGCUGUGAGGUCAGCGCCCUGCAGGGAGCACUGCAGACUCACCAGUACAGCUCGAGGCUCAGCACCCCCCAGGAUUUCCAGGAGGCCCUGCACCUGCGCUACCACCACUGCCAGAGCUUCCAUGUCAGCAGUGAAGACAGCGAAGAACGCCACACACAGAUUCCUGCUGAACACGGGAUCACAGACUUUGGACAGAUGCCAAGGGAACGCUACCCUCUUGUGGCUGUGCUGACACUGGCGGAGCCAGAAGCUAGAGACACAUACAACAUUGUGGCCAGUGUGACAGUUAUUCAUGUUCCUGAUGCCAAAUACAGCCUCUCUGCACGUCUUCUCUUUCAGUACCUUCUCACCUCACAGGGGCACAUGUACGAGUUAAAGACUUCGUUCAGAGAGAGAGAGAGAGAGGCACAAAGGGCCAUGGGUUGGAAUGAACGCCUUCAUGGUAUCCCCCACUCCCGUGCUUGUGUCCCCUGGAAACACCUCCGUUGUGUUCCUCUCUUUAUGUCAGCUGACAGCGGGGGGGUUUCUUGGCCUCCUGACUCGGAGCAGAGCUCCACACCCAGUGAAGCUGCCGAGGAGACCUGCAGAGAGGAGCAGAGUCCGGUGCUGGAGGAGGAUGAGAGCUGGUCGGAGGGGGUUGGCAGAGACUGCGUGGUUUGUCAGAACGCAGCAGUGAACAGGGUGCUGCUGCCCUGCAGACAUGCCUGUGUGUGUGACAGCUGUGCAUCACACUUCCAGCACUGCCCCAUCUGCAGGGCCUUUGUCCUGGAGUCCUUUACCUUGACGCAGGGACCAGCUGCAGAGCAUUGAAUUCACACUGACCCAGUGAAUGUCAUGUUAUAUAUAACAUGCAGCAGCUCAGUCAUCACUGCUGAAAAUGCCCUGCAGCUCCCUGACUCCAUCUGGAUGGUGGAGUGAUUUUACAUCCAGCUUCCAUGGAUAGAAACAUUCAUCUGGACUGUAGAGAUGUAGCAUCUGUAACAUUAGCUGCAGACAACACAAACUGCACACUCAUACAACCACUGAAUCAGAGCAGUCUGGAUGCUGAUGCUGUUUAACAGGGACCUGAGAUCUAUAACAGCUCUGCUGCAUGGCAGGUACACAGACAUAAAUGCACCAUUUCAUGUAAUGUGGCUAUAUCUAUGCAAACACAAAAAUAUUAAACUGUUCUUAAAACCGUUUAGGACACCUACAUGGUGUACAUUGUUUCAGCACAAACUCAGCUAUAAUAAUGAUCUCCUCAGUUUAACAAAGUAUAAAGUUGACAAAAUACAAAAAAAUUAUAUAGGCACCAAAGGAAACUUACAAACAAUGAGUGAUAAUCUUGGAAAAUAUUACUAUAGAGCAGAUAUAGAGAAUAUUACUAUAGAGAAAAAGAUAUUGUUUCCCAAUUUAUACACACAAUACAACAGAAAAAUCUAAGAAUUAUAACUGUAAUUAAGUUUAUUUACAUGAAAAGUGAUUUUAUUCCAUUUAAUUUCUGUGCCUGUUUCAUUGAAAGUUGAUGUUAAAUAUUAAUAAUUUACAGUUUCAAGAAUUUCUCUCAUUUCAAUGUUUUAUGGCCCACUGAUAUAAAUGAGAUAUUGUGUGAAAGUUCUACAUCUAUACUUUUGUCAGCUUGUCCCUUGAUUAUAUGGAGACGAGUUAUGUUACUAUUAAGUAAUCAGGCUUGGGUUAUCCAGACUACAUUAACCGGACUGUGCAAAUGAAGGUGACUGUAAACUGUAGAAAAUUGCUCCUGUUGUAAUGAGUGAGGACACACCAGCAGCUGUGAGCCUGGGGACUGACUGGCAUCCAGCAGAAGGCACCACCACCACACCGGAGACCAUGGUGAUGGUACCUGUGGGUCUUCAGACAGACUGUAGUUGUGUAUUUUGUGUCUUUAUUGUGUGCAUGCUGAUUGAGCAGAAGUGAAGAGUGUGAGUUGUUUGUGUGAAGAACAGCUGAACAUUGAUAAAAUUACAAUUAAUUAAAUAAAAUUGAUUGUAAUGACCCCAUGACAUUUUUUUAGCACCACCAACCAUGGUGGAGCUCUAUGUUAGUCCCUCUGAGGCCUGUACUACGAAGCAAGUUCAACAUAUCCAGGAUAACUUUUAGUUAUCUGGGUUAACUGAACUUAACAUUGGCUAUCCUGGAUAACCUGUACUACAAAGCUGGUUAUCAACUGGCUCAGCUAACCCUGGGUUUACCUAUCCAGUUACAGGUGCGUUCAUGUGAGAGAGGCGCAGUUAUUAAUUGUAAGCAACAACGCCUGAACCAUGAAUGAAGUACUUAAUAUGACAUGAGAAGAGACACUGAUACUUGACGGUAAAUAAUUAUUAUUGUUAUAGCAACGUCCAAAAGUGAUAUUCA